GUGACUAUACACACGUUGAAAGGAAGUUCUUUCGACUCCCACGAGCUUAUCUUCCUUUCAUAAAACAUUGCAAUGUCCACAGAUCCAAUAGCUGAUCCUUCCACUUCAACUGCUGGUGCAAGCAAGUCUAAUAUUACCAAAACGGUCACUUCCAAGGGCACUCUAUCAACACUAGUCUCACCAGCAACUCAUCUUCAAUGGAAGAUCAACGAAAAGUGUCUAUGCUAUCAUGGACCACUUAUAUACGAAGCGAAAAUCCUCAAAAUACGCAACUUUACACCAGAAGAUACGGAAAACGGCGAAAUUGGUCCAAACUUCUUGGUCCAUUACAAAGGAUGGAAGCAGACUUGGGACGAAUGGGUAACCGAACAACGCAUCCUCAAACUCGACGAAGCUGGAAUUGCAAAGCAGAAGGCGUUGUCUCAAUCAGCGCUAGCCGCCCAACAUGCUGGUGCCAAUGCUGCUGCAGGGAAAAUGAAAGAUUUGAGUGGCAAAACAACACUUGGUAACCCUGCUGGAUCAUCCGCAUCUGCUGGAGGCAGCACGCGCUCGGGGAUACGAAAAGAAGGCACAAGAGGGACAAAGAGGACUCGAGAGGAAGAUGAUGGUCACAAUGCUCGCCGUGCAGAGAUGAAACUCAAUGUGCCAGAAGUGCUCAAAGUUUUUCUCGUGGACGAUUGGGAGGCUGUCACCAAAAAUCACCAGCUUGUGACCCUGCCGCGGUCGCCAACUGUACGUCAAAUCCUCAAUCAAUUCGAAGAUCACGUCAAAUCGACUACGACGAGUCUCCCUACCCCUGCACUUUUAACGCACACAAUCUGUUCGGGACUCCAAAUAUACUUCGACCGGUCGUGUGGUAUGUCGCUACUCUACCGGUUUGAGAGAUACCAGUAUGCGGAAGUGCGAAAAAAGUACAUCACCGGUCCACAGGUCAAAAUAGAGGAGUCUUCGGAUAUUGAAAUGUCCUCAAUCUACGGAGGGGAACAUUUGUUGCGAAUGUUAGUAUCACUACCGCAAAUGAUUGCCAAUUCGCAGAUGGACGCAGAAUCGAUAUCGCUGGUGAAAGAGUACGUUAAUGAGCUACUAAGAUAUUUGGAAAGCAACAAAGAUGAUAUAUUUCAACGAGAGUAUGAUACCCCUUCGGAGAGCUAUGGUAACACAGUGCGGUCUUGAGAUAUUUCGGACUAUCGCAUCUUGAUGCGAUACAGCUAAUACUAGUUGCUCACCUAAUUAUCGUGCUCCAUUUCUCCUUGACUAGCUAUAGCAGACGCUCGGCCUCCUGCAAUGAUAGUGAAUACUUCAAAACGGAAAACCUUCAGGAGGAUUUAAGAGUACAUAAGAAGAUCGACAACUUGCGGGGAAGUACGAAGAGUGCAUGUAAUGCUGUAGAUGAUAAUUACACACAUUCGAAGCCAGCAGUGGAGUGUUGAAUCGAUAAGAAUGGCACGCACAAUGAAUCUUCGAAGAGCAUUCCGUGCAGAUCGAUACAAGUUAUGUAUGGGAGACGGG